AUGGUCCAAAGGAGGUUAGCUAUUAGUGAGCAAGCCACGCUUUCGGAAUUCAAAGAGUCAUUUGCUGCUACUGCUGCUGCUGCUAAUGUGGAUUUCUCAUCACGUCAAGGCGAGGCACAAACGCACCGCGCCGAUAUAGACAGCGACUCCAUUAAAUCAACAAAUUUUCAAGAAGAAAUAUUACCAUCAAUCGAUUUCAUAAAACAAGAAACAUUGGAAGUCACAAGUACAAAAGAUACCGAUGAAACCUAUGUAAAGUCUAUUUCAAGUCCAAAGUCCGUUAAUUUGGAUAAAUCAGAAUUCAGCAUACCAGAAACCGUCUCCCUUGGAAUUAGUGAGAUAGCUGAAGAACACAAAGACGACUACGUGGAUGUGCAUCGCCAGCCUGUAGAAGGUGAUGUUUCCACAUCUCCGAAACAUGUUUCUCAAGAGCGCAUCCCUGUUCAAGAAACGUCAAAAGCUCCCUAUGACCGUUCAUCGCCUACAUUUGGGG